AGCCGCCUUCGAGUCGCGGACUCGGCUUCUCGCCCCUCCUUUCGCUACUGUUCGCUCGGCGCUUAGAAGCGGCUGGGCCUGCGGUUCCCGUGGCUGGCAAGGCGGCGAUCGGCAAUCCACUGCCCGGGGGUGUGUGGAGGAAUCGCAGAGGGAGCCGCGAACCUUUGCAGCGCUGCGCCUCGCGUCGCCUCUCCUGGCCUGGGCUCUUCCUCGAUGGCCGCGGGCUGCAGGGACGGCCCGGGGCAGGAAAAGUACCGGCUGGUGGUGGUGGGAGGCGGCGGAGUGGGCAAAUCUGCGCUCACCAUCCAGUUCAUCCAGUCGUACUUCGUUACAGAUUAUGAUCCCACAAUUGAAGACUCCUACACAAAACAAUGUGUAAUAGACGAAAGAGCAGCAAGAUUAGAUAUUCUAGAUACAGCAGGCCAAGAAGAAUUUGGAGCUAUGCGGGAACAGUAUAUGAGGACUGGAGAAGGCUUUCUGCUUGUCUUUUCAGUCACAGAUAGAGGAAGUUUUGAAGAAAUUUAUAAAUUUCAAAGACAAAUUCUUAGAGUAAAAGAUCGUGAUGAGUUCCCUAUGAUUCUAGUUGGAAACAAAGCUGACCUGGACCAUCAGAGACAGGUAACACAGGAGGAAGGUCAGCAAUUAGCACGGCAGUUGAAAGUAACCUAUAUGGAAGCUUCAGCAAAAAUACGGCUCAAUGUAGAUCAAGCUUUUCAUGAACUUGUCCGAGUUAUAAGGAAAUUUCAAGAACAAGAAUGUCCUCCUUCCCCAGAGCCAACGAGGAAGGAGAAGGACAAGAAAGGGUGCCACUGUGUCAUCGUCUAAAGAUCCUUUAAAACAAGCUAUCGACUGCCAGAUUAAUUCUCCUCACUUUUCUUCCUGUGUGUCUUGAUGUUUUGUCUUGCUUUAUGUGUGCAUGUUGUAUAAAUGGUCACCAAAAUAGCCUUAGUUGGAAAGAAUCAGACUGGUCCAGACCUAGAAGACACCUUAGUCAUCUCACAUCAGAGGUCAAUACACUAAGGCUUCUUUUAAUACUCCCAAAUUCUUUUUCCUUACGUCAAGAAACUUGCACUUUGUGGAGUUUUAUUCACAAUGGACAAAAAGUAGUUUUAGGAGUCUAUUGAAGUCAAGCUUAAAAUGGCUAUAUGGGUAUUCCCCCCCCCCCCCGUGAGAUCUUUGUUGAUCAUACUCAAGAGAGAGAGAGAAAGAGUUCUCUAAUCAAUAUGUAGAGUAUUUUUUUAAAGAGUAGAUUUGGAGGUUUUACCCUUUAAUUAGAUUAGACAACAAAAUUCAGCCUGCCUUACAGGAAGCCAAUACACUGAAUUUCAUUGGCAAAGUUUUGUGUUACAGCUCUUGUUUAUGCUGCAGUUUUUUCCAGUGCUCAACUGUCUACUGUAUUUAUUUUAUGGCUCCAGCAAUAGCUACAGGAUUAUUAGUAUUACAGCUUUAUGGCCAAAUACCUGGGCUCAUUAUGGAUUGGAGCAUUUUAGUUUUAAAUAAUGUUGCAUCAUGGUUUGGAAUAAAAUUGUGUCUUCCUUUUGUAUUUCCAGGUAGGAGAUUCCAGAAAAGUUAAUCUGUAGCUUUUGUUUUUCAUGUAAUAUAAAAAGAGGAUUUUGCUCUUUCCAUUGUCAGAUGAUUAAAUGUUUUUUGCUAUAUACUUUUAUACAUUAUUUUCUUAUCAAACUAGUUAACAAGUAUUUUUAUAUGUUUGUAAGCAAAUAUGCUUUCACGGCAUGUUGUGUAUAUGUAAAGAUGAGUAUUUAAUUCUCGCAGUAUACUUUCAACUGAUGGAACUGCAUAAUGCAAGAUUUGUAGAACUGUGGUAGAACCUCUUUCUUGUUCCAACUUUACUGAAUGAUGGCAGGCAGAUGUCUUGCCCAAUAUACAGUAACCAUUAUCGUAUCAUGUUUUUCAAAACACCUUCCGUAUGCUUCACAAAUGACUGACCAUUAUAUAACUAUUAAACCGUACAAGUGUUUAACUGAAUGUUCAGUUCAGUGGGCCACAUCCAACUUUAAAGUAUGCUAACUAUGGUUAAGAAUUUUGGGUUUACUCUGUGGGAUUACACACUUAGUGGGAUUGAUAGUUUGUCAUUAUUUGAAAUUGUAAAUGAGUGCCAUACUGAUUAUUUCACAAAGUUUGGUUAUUUAAGUAUUCAGUAUAGUAACAUUAGACUGAUUUUAAGGCGAUAAUUGACAGGUCCACAAUGGAGAGGUAAAAAAAGACCUCAGAUAACCAUUCUCAGGCUGAAAUUACUUAAAAAGCAGGCCAACCAGAAUGUUCCAAAUUCACCUAUAAUAUAAAACUGAGUAUAGUUGCUUUAUAAUCUAAAUUAUGUUGUGAGCAUAUACUAAACAAAUUAUUGAAACAGAACUUGAGCAUAAAACAUUUUAGAACUGCACACACAUUCACAGCACAAUUGCAGAUGGAAGCCAUAGUUCUCAUUAAUACAGCUUCUGGUACUAUCGUUAUAUAUUUAUAAAAUAAGUAAAACCUCCACUCUCUGUGACAUCAGGGACACAUCCAUAUAAUUCGGGCGACAGUAUGGAAAUGAUGUGCCACUGCUGCUUCCUGAGAUUUUUAACUUUUCAGAACAAAAUGUAACUCUAUUAUGGUAUUUCUAGUAGUCUUUCCUACUAGGACUAAAGACUUGAUCCUGCUUAACUUUUUGAAAUCAGCUAAUGUCGGCCAAGUGAGUACAUGUAAGCUGCCAUUUACAAAACAAAGUUAAGUGGAGCAAGCAGGAUGAAUUUAGAAAUAUUUGCUCUUUUUGUAAGAAGAGCAACAUUAAUGUACAGUGGCAAAAAAAAAAAAAUCAGGAAUCUUAUCUACCAGAUUCCUGGUGUUUUGCUCUUCCUUGAUGAGUAACUGAUCAAUGUAAACAUUAAAGUGCACAAUUAUAUUGAAAUCCCAUGUUUGUUUGUUUUUGGCUUUCCUGUACUGAUGACGAUCAGUAAUAAGUUUUGCCCGUGUUGCAAAAUCAAUUAUCUCAUUACAGUGAUUGUAGAACUUUAAGAAAACAUUGUGCAAACUUUAUAGACUGCAGAAAAGUCUGCUUCAUGUGAUGGCUUAACAAUCAUGUCUUCUCCUUCCUUUGUCCCAUCCCAAAGCUCUGAGCACCUAUCCACAACCAAGUAAAUCAGACCUAAUUGAUGUGGCUUUUGAGCAUUGCUAUGUUGCAAAAAUACAAAUUUUUUAUAAAACUGCAUGUGUUGAUGAUU